UAAAUAAAUCCAAGUAAUGAUUCAUCUUAAAGCUCUCAGCAUGUCGAUCAAUAAACGUGUUUAUGAAGACCAUAUGGAGUUAUCUAUUUUAUACUGUCUUAACCUUAACGUACCUGUGAAACUGCUAAUUGUACAUGAGCAAUGGAAAACUAUUAAAAAAAAUAAGUUGGAGCAAAUAUUGAUAUAAUAUAAAAACUAUAACAUGAAAUGCAAAUGUGCGGAUAUAGUAAGUGGAUCAUAUUAUCACAUGACGAGCUACUGUUUAAUGUAUGCAUGAUAACGUAAGAUUAAACAAUGUGUUAAACUGAUUGAAAACAUCUAUAAGUGUUUAAGUGAUUGGAUAUUAUGAGCGUAAAGUAAACAGAGCACAUCAAAUACAUGGAAUAAAGAGAAUUUGCAUGAAGUACAUAUUUAUAUGAAGUACAUAUGCAAAAAACAAUACUUCUUUUAAAGUUAACGUAUAGACACUGGUAAAUGCAUAAUUAGGUUUCUAGGCUCCACCGGUAAGCUACAUGUAAAACAUGAAGAAAACAGUCUAAAAUAAGCGUAACCAAAGAGAUGGCUGAAGUAAAUAUAAUAGAGCAUACAGAAUCAACAGUGUCUUCAGUAAGGUCUACAGUUUCCACAGCAUCAUCUGGAUAUGCUAUUAUAUCAGUUCCAGGCAAACAAAGGGAAGACGUAAGAACUGUUUAUCCAGCAGAACCACCUCCGGAUUAUGAUGAUCCCCCGAGAAAAGAAAAUAUUUUGCCAAAAUAUGCAGACAAAAGACCGCCAAGCCCACGGCAAGACUAUGAAAGCAGAUGCCCCUUGCUGCCGCAAGAUCCUAGGAAAAGUGAAGUACUGAGGAGACAUGCAGGAAAUACACAAGCAAGCCCUAUAAAGGAACACGAGAGUAGCGUGCCACUUUUAACCGAGGAAACCGUAUAUAAAAAUGAUUCGCAGCAGCAGCAGACCAUUGUGAGGAUCAGUUCGAAAUCACGGGAUCUGAAUAUAGAGAUUGUGAGUAACCCAGCUUUAUCCCCGUCGCCAACAGCUGCAGAUACCUCCUUUGUGUACUCGCCGUCGGAAACGGGCAGAAGCAACAUCACCCAAUCUCCCUCAUCCACAGCUGCAGACACGACGUCUUUCCUCUACGAAACGUCAAAAAGAAAAAAGACUCGAAGAAAAUGCCGCAAAAUGACCAAGGCAAGAGAGAGAAAAUUCUGCUGAUCGUAUUAUUUGUGUUGCUAGUUGCACUAGUAAUUACAGCACUCAAUUUUACUGUUUGCAUUGGAGACUUUACGAGUGCAUGCUAAUAGUAAAGAUACAUGGCCGUGAUCUGGCUGCACCUGCCAGAAGUAAAUUUAUAACCAAUCUUGACCUGACUGCACCUGCAAUUGAAAUGACUCGGAAUGUGUGCUUCUGAAAACAAUAUUGCUCAAUAACUCGGCGUUGCAUAUUAGUGAAAUAUGACAUGGUAGUGUACUCUCAAAGAGUGACCAUGUUAAUGCGUUUGAAUUUGGUAUGAGCUGUAACUGAGAGCACAGGCUGUUUAAAAAGCGGUUUACUUGCUGGAUUACUGACGUCACAGGAUAGCAUUGUAUUACGUGUGCUGUUUUAAUAGAAAUGUGGGUCAAGGAUAGCAUCGUGUAAAAACACGGAUAAAUUGUAUGUCUAUGAUUAUGAGCCAGAAAAGUAUCGUGUAUGAGGUUCUUCAUUGAGCCAACCUGUUGUUGUCAACAUAAAGUAUUUAAUGGAUUAUGUAGUUUAACCGUGUUUACUGUCUUUACAUUGCUUUUAUAUAACUUUAACGAAUGAACUCCAUUAUAAUCAUACUACAUUUCACAUCAGAUUGUAUCAAUAAUCAAAAAGACAUUGUCCCCAAUGAAUUAUGUGUCUGUUUUGUUUGUCUGUAUAUUGCAUGGAAACAGAAGCCGGUCGCUGCUAGAGGGCGUGAGCAUUACCACUUAUGGUCAGAGUCUGGUAUUAUUUUUACUUGGUUGCGUUAUAUGCUUCCAGUGGAUCUUCUUGCACAUUCCAUUACUUUUUAGGCAACAGAAAAAAAAACUCACAUGGUCUUCUUAGAAUGUUUCUCAUUGCAGAGUUGGUGCAGACGUUCUGCGCAUGCGCGGAAUUAUUAUCCAUUGGAGCGCACGGCAAAAUUACUCAUUUUUUGCAUGUCCGCACGCAUUUAGUGUAUCAAAUGCAUAAUAUACUGACUAGAGGUUAGGUUUAGUAUCACCAUGGUUACAAAAUAUAUACAUUUAAGAUAUUUUCUUUCAAAUUUAGUUAAUCCGGUAUAUACCGGAGUCUGUAAUAUAUCACAGGUGAACCAACUCUGUAUUUAGUCACAGUUGUCUUCUUAAACCCUUUAGAAUGACUUGGAAAGUUUUAUGUUGCAUGUUUUUCAAUUUUUGCUCAUAAAAUGGCUUUAGUAAAGGAUUUCUUUUUUUCACAUUAGAAUCAAUGUAUAAAUACAAAUUUAAAUGGCUUUGAACUUUUGUUAGAAUCUGUAUAAGUUAUUGUGUUUCUGAGUAAUGUGUUGAUUAAUUUUAUGGUCAUGCUCUGAUGUUAAUGAUAUUCGAUUUUUUUUAUAUUAUUAAAUAUUUGUUAACUGGGUAUUGAUUAUGUAAAUAUUCAAGUUUUCAUGGAAAAGUUUAAUUUUUUGUACUUUAAGCUAUUUUUGGCCAAAAUGGAUUAUUUGGGGAUUUUUUUUUUUUGGGGGGGGGGGGGGGGCAUAUAAAGGUUCCCUGUGUCAAGGACAAGGACAUUGUAGGAUGUAAUUUAUAUCCUGUAGUCUUGUUUUGCCUAUUUUGGAUUUUCAUUUGCGUUUAUAGGAGCGAUUUUCACCUGAAGUCCCACUUCUUCAACCAAAAAAAACGCAAAAAUCCCUGAUAUUUCUAUCUGAAUAUACAAUUAGGGCAAACAUGAACAACACUUACGCUAACGACUUUUAUGGUGAGGCCUAUAUUGUUGCGUAUGUGUUAGAAAUUAAAUUUCAAGAAAAUUUUGACAUUAUUUUGUAACAACUUGUUGAUUUGAGGGAUCAGUCGCAAAAGGGAUUUCGUUGUGUCAACAUUGUCCUGACGGAAGUAGAAAGCUAAUGUAUCGACCACUUUAGCUGUUAUUUGACCACAACAUUGCGACUAGCUGUUUAAUUUCUUCAUGAAAACCUGGCAGCCACACGUUAUUCAAGUUACAUAGAACUCAAAUUGUAAGCUUAUAUCUUAGUUUAUACAAGAAAAAAUUGUCAGUUUGAAGUAAUCAUAUUUUUAACAUGCCACAUUGUUAAGACAAAUAAAAAGCGAAUUAUGAUAACUUUACUGUUGAAUUAUUUAUAUUAAAUAUUUAUUAAUUUAAAA